AUGCACGUCAAGAACUCUAGUUACCAGUUUGAUGAAGAGAUAAUCACCUACUUGGAAGGUAUUGUAGAAAGCUGUGAUUAUGAUGAGCUUGACGAAGUAGAAUUCCUCACUAUGUGUGGUGCUUACAUCCCUCAACUUAUUGAGAUACCCAAGGAAAUAUUCUUAGAAUGGUUUUCUUCAGUCAGUGAUUCAAUCAAAAAUAAGUCACAAGCACAUGGUACCGGUAAUUCGGAUCAUCAAAAUACUCCAAUUUCAUCAAAUAAUUCUAAGGAGAUAAAGAAGAAUUACGAAUUGAAAGAUCAAAAUACUGACCGACUUUGUGAACACUGUUGUACAAAUUGCAGGCAAAUCGAUGCGGAUGAAUCUGUUAAAACAUUAGCUUCAAUCCUACCUGAUGCUUGCCGAAAUAUUCUCAAGGAUUGUUUACAAACAACUAAUAACAAUGUCGAUGAAGCAGUUCUACUCGCAUUGAAUCGGAUCACACUGAAUAGUAAUAGUAAUAAUAACAGUGAUAACACAACUGGUAAAGAAUUGAAUACUUCAAAAAGAAAUAAAACUAUAGUCACCGCCUCAAAGUCAUCACCGUCAACAACCACAACAACAACAACAGCUGAUAUCGAUGAGAAACUUGAUGAAAAGGCGAAAUCUUUAGUUCUUGAUCGUUAUGACUUCGUAUCAGAAGGCGGUGGUGGUGGUGGUGGUGGUCAGCUGGCAAAACCAAAAUUACCAAGUGAAUAUGAGAAAAAACAAUCCCACAUACGUUAUAUCGAUGGUAAACCUGUAGACACUGGUGGAAAAAAGUAUAUUGAAAUUAAAACAGAAUAUCCAAAUAUGCCGCUUCGAACAUUUUUAAAAGCGUUGAAACAAUAUAAAUUUCAUUGA